GUCAAAUAUAACCAUGGCCUCAGUCAGUUCACGAUUCGUGCAGGAUGCCGGCUUGAUGAGUCAGUCCUUGGCGAGCUGUACUUGAUACAGCGAUUAUCGACUACAAUUCAGUCUGCUGUCACUGCAUAACACAACUGGCAUCAUAAUUCCAAUUAUAGUCGGUGGAUUAACGACGGCGAGAAGAAAAGCAAAGGACGAUGACAGGGGCCAAGUGAAUGUUUAUCGGCAUAUCGAAACCCACAUGUCUGUACAGUAGUGGUAUAAUUCAUUACCGCCACUUACCAUGUCGUCCUCAGCGCUAAGAAAAAUUAUAAAAGCACGUUUCUUGUUAAGUACAGAAACGAACGUAGUUAGAGGCGUGGUUUGUCAGUACAGUCAGGAGGCCCCUGUGGAAACUGUACAAGAUGUGAAAAAUCGUCUUAUAGAAGUCAUGGGGAUUCAGCGCAGCUACAAGCCAUUACAGCUGAGUCGGAGUCAUUUGCUGGAGUACCUACCAAAGAGCCAGGAUGAACUUCCUGUUAGGAAGAUGAAGGAUAGCUUUUCCAGUGUAGUAAUUCCACUGAGCACAGAUAUAACACUGCAAGAAAAGUAUGUGACAUUUCUUGGGCAUGUACGGCUGGGGAGACUUAUGGAGGACAUGGAUAUAUUUGCAGCUUGGGUGGCUCACAAGCACAUCUUGAACCCAAGAAAGCCAGCUGGACAACCAACACCAUAUGUAAUUGUCACUGUACUUGUUGAUCAAAUUGAUUUCACUGACAUAACUCCUAAGCACGAUGGUGAUAUCAGAUUGUCGGGGCAUGUAUCAUGGGUUGGGAAGUCCUCAAUUGAGGUGACUGUGUGGCUGGAACAGUUAUUGCAUGGUUCUUGGCAGAAACUGACUAGAGCAGUUUUCCUCAUGGCAGCUCGAAAUUCUAUUUUAUCCGGGCCAGCAAUAGUGAACCUUCUUGAGCCCGAAACUGAAGAAGAAAAGGAAAUAUUUAGAGGUGGUGAAUUAAGGAAGAAACGACGUGUAAAAGUACAGCAGGAGUCACUUUUCAAAAUGACACCAGAUGUUAAUGAGCAGAGAUUAAUCCAUGACCUUUUCCUGAAAACAAUUGAUCUACAUAGAAUGUCGUUCCACAAAAGAAUUCUGCCUCCCAGGAGCUUAUGGAUGGAAGAUGCACAACUCAGCAAUAUUGUUUUUAGUCACCCCGAAGACCGUAACCUGCACAACAAGGUUUUUGGGGGCUUUCUUAUGCGACAGGCUUUAGAACUCUCUUGGACUGCUGGUUAUUUGUACAGCAAAUUUCGCCCCAGAUUGUGUCACAUAAGUGACAUCAGUUUCCACAAGCCAGUUGAUGUUGGAUCACUUCUUCGAAUGAACUCCUUGGUUACAUAUACAGAAUGCAAUUAUGUGCAGAUAACAGUUUAUGCAGAAGUGUUUGACCCUCGUGGAGGGCAGCAAAAUACAACUAAUGUGUUUCAUUACACGUAUGAAAUGCCUGAAGAAGUGCCACAGAUAAUUCCAAAAUCCUAUCAGGAGGCAAUGAUGUACCUGGAUGGCAGACGACAUUUUCAGCAUGUGAUGGGUCUUUCUGACAAUACACAUAGUUCAACAGCCACAUAAACUUGCUUUGGUCAUCUUAUUUGCUAAAUUAUUCAUUCAUUAAAGUGCUCUCUCUCUCUCUCUCUCUCUCUCUCUCUCUCUCUCUCUCUCCCUCCCUCCCUCCC